AUGCGGCUGCGUGUUGCGGUAGCAAUUGCUCUUGCUUUAACUAUCGAAGGAUUAAUGAGAUCCAAUUUGAAUAUGGUUAGUUUUUUUUCUUAUUUUUUUCAAAUUGAGAAGCCAAUUUUUGAGACAUUGUUAGUCAGAAAAUACAAUUUUUGUAUUUGCUACGUAGUUACAGUAUCUCAAUUUUUGUUUAAACAAAAACCAAAAAUUGUAUUUCUCUGAUCCGGAAAAGUUUGUUAGUCGCUUCCCUCAAUUUCAAACCAAAUAAUAAAUUAUUCAUGCUCACAUGAUACAUAUAUUUAUGCGUGUAUGUAGUAUGAUCUUUUGAUUCUCCCUCCUCAUUUCAAAUAGGGAUUCCUAUUUUAUUUUUCAGGCAAUCGUUUGUAUGUUAAAUAGUACGGCAUUAAGUGAAGGAAAGCAAGUAUACAGCAAUAAUUUGACAUCACCUUCUUGUCCUUUGUUAACUUUUGGAGAACUUGGAAAUUCAACAACUAAAGAAUAUGUGAGUUUUGAUAACUCAUAAUAAUCAAGCAAAAUAUGUAUAUUUAAUUUUUAGAAAGGCACAAUAUUUUGGACAUCUCAAGAACGUGCAGUAAUAUUCACAUCUUUUUAUGUUGGCGGUUUCUUUGCUACAAUAUUCUCUGAACAUCUCAAUCGAUAUGUCGGAGCAUCAAAAACUGUGUUAUAUGGUGGUAUUGCAAAUGUUAUUGGUACAUUUUUAACACCAACAGUUGCUGUAUGGACUGAUUUUGGAACACUUCCCAUUAUAAUUGUUCGAUUUAUAAUGGGAUUUGGACAAAGUGUUUUAUGGCCGUGUAUGUCAGUUCUUAUUGCACAAUGGUUUCCUUCAAAUGAAAAAUCAACUGCUUUGGCAAUUGCUACAACUGGUAAUCAAUUAUCAGUUGUAAUUGCAAUGUUUGCUACUGCUGAGUUAUGUCAACUUCCUUAUGGUUGGCCAAUGGCAUUCCAUGUUUACGCCGUAUUUGGUAUUUUUAUGUGUAUUGCUUGGUAUUUUAUGGUUUAUGACACUCCUCAAGAUGCUGAACAUUGUAUUUCAAAAGAAGAAAUGCAACAUAUAACAUCGUGUGCAAAAAGGCAAAAACCACAUGUUAGUUUUGUAAAAGUUUACGGGGGUGUUUUCAACUGAAAGUUGAUAAAAAAAUAAGUCGACCUGACAUUACAAAACAAAAACAAAAAAUGACGUGAAUAACCAGAAAUUCAUUUCAAUAAUAUUUUUUUCUAGAAAGCCAAUUGGAAAGCAAUUCUGACUUCAACAAGUGUUUGGGCUAUUGCUGCCAGUUCAUUUGCACACAAUUAUGUAACUGUUGGAACUGUCACAUAUCUUCCUCUUUAUUAUAAAACAGUUUUGAAUAUGAGUUUGACAUCGAAUGGAAUUUUGUCAGCUUUGCCUUUCAUUGGUCAAUUUGUGUCAAAAGUGUUCUAUGCCGGAUUAGCAGACAAAGCAAAAGCAAGAAAAUGGGUUAGCCAUGAUACUGUAACAAAGAUAUCAAAUAGUAGUGGUAAGAACUAUUUACAGAAAAAUAUAUAUGAUUACUAUAUUUCGAUUUUUUCAGCAUCAUUUGGAAUCGCAUUAUGUUUCGGAAUGUUAUGUUUUUGUGAUUGUUCUCAAAGAGUUUUUGCCAUAUUUUUGAUAACAUUAGCAAUGGCAUUUGUUUCUGGCUACAUUCCAGGAUACAAUACCAGUGUUGUCACAAUAGCCCCAUCUCAAACUGCAGCAAUUGCAGCAUUCUCAAGAUUAUGGGCACAAGGCGCUUCAAGUCUUGCACCAUAUCAUAUUGGUGCAUUUACAAAAACUGGAUCAGCUGAUGAAUGGACAAUGGUUUUUCUUGCAAUCGCAGUCAUUUUGUUUUGUAACUGGAAUAUUUUUCCAAUGUUGUGGAACAGGUGAGAAAUAAAGUUAUCGAACAAUAUUCUAAUAUCCAUUUAUUUCAGCAAAUCAACAAGAUUGGGAUUGUUCAUCAAGAGGACAAUCAGAAGUUGCGAGAGAAGAACUAAUUGA